AUGGUGCACCUUCUGAAAGGAUUUGGUGCAAGUGCUUAUGCGGUACAUUGGGAUCCAGAUCAUCCACCUUCUGAAAAAAACGUUUUUGAUGCAAGUGCUUAUGCGGGACAUCGGGAUCCAGAUCAUGCACACUCUUCUUCCUACAUUCCUGAAGCACCAACAAAACACAAGCAUAUAAAAGUUCAAACCGGCAUGUUAUUCCUGGAGAAGAAUUUGCACAUCGGCACUACACUUCCUAAAGGAACCAUGUUUGCACGAGAUGGUGCACCAAAGUCUGUUCAUUUUGCCUCUACUCCAUUGGAGUCAAAGUACUUGACAACCAUCCUUUCACAUUUCAUGGUACCUCAUGGCUCGACCAAGGCAAAGCAGGUAGCUGACACCCUUCGUUCAUGCGGCAAACCGGUUGACAAGGAGGAGCCUCACAUGUGCUUCUCAUCUCGUGAAGCAAUGUCAAGGUUCGCCACCAGAGAAUUAGGGGUCAGUGGUGCACGAGCAGCCAUUACAAGGAUUCAUGGGAAUGAGACCCCCAACUCCAUGUACGUUGUGGAACAGAUCACCCAACUCAACAAUAACGUGGUGCCAUGCCAUCCUAUGAAUUUUCCGUACGAGGUCUUUUAUUGCCAUCGGUCGAAAGAGGUGCAGUCUUUGAGGGUGCAACUCAAGGGUUUGAAAGAUGGCAUGCCGCAUGUGACGGCAAUAGCCAUGUGUCACAUGAACACAUCUAAUUGGGACACCCAGUACUUUGAGCUAUUAGACGGAAAGCGUGGUGAACCUAUUUGCCACUACAUGCCUACCAAUUACAUCAUGUUCUAUUAGAUA